AUGCCUCCAGAUCCUGGUUCAAGUUUAUUUCAAGAGGAAGGGGGCAUUCAUCCUUCCAACCAAAUAUAUAUUGGAAAGAGUCCAGUAGUACAGUGGGCAGUGUUCCACCUAAAGAGGCAGACACAUCUUGGAAGUGAUCUCUUAUUCAAUAUCCAUGAUUAUUCUACAAAUAAUCUGAAGAAAGAUUUUGAAAAGCUUAAGCACCUAUUAUAUACUUGCCCUGAACAAAGAAGCCAGCAAGACCUCAAGCAGAUACAAUCAUAUCUGAAGAAGAACUGCACGUUCCAGUGUUUGCCUAUUAAGACACAGCUUCAGCUUUGUCAAGCUGUAGUCUAUCAAAAGUAUGAAGCUGGAACAAUAAUUAUAAGGCAAAGACAUGUACCAAAUGAAUGUUAUUUAGUACUGUCUGGAAAAUUAGAAGUCCUAUCAGGUGAUGCAAAUUUGAAAGCCCAAACUUUCACCUCUGAAAUGUUGUAUGAAGCUGAAGAAGGAGAUUUCAUAGGGGACUUUGAUUCUACUCUUGCCGAUGCACUCUUCAAACAAUAUCAUGGAACAUGCAACUUCCUUCGGACCCUUAAAGACCAUGAGAACUUCAGUCCUGUGGUGGUGUUCCUUCUUGGCCUGAACUUGACAGUCACAUAUGGAUUACAUGUGAGGAAAGUUCACUAUAAUUCAACAUUGUAUUCACAAUAACUAAGUCUUAUAGUCAAAUAUAAUAUCAGUAUCCAGUAUCUAUCCUCCCUCCACUUUAUUCUUGAAGUUUUAUAAGCUGAGUGUUUUCAAGAUGACUUAAGGUACAGAAGUGAGGAUGAAAUCCUCUCCUAAUGUAAUUUCAAUGACCCAGUUUCAUUGUUGAAGUCAGGGGUGAUGUGUAGGGGGUGCACGUGCAUCCCCUGAGUAUGGCGGUGCACCCCCUACAAAAAGGCGUUGCCAACACUGUCGGUGGUGCUUGCGGAUGGUCAUUGCU